AUGCUGUUACGACGAUUGAGCUGUUCAUUUCGAACUGCAAAUAUCCAACGAUACUAUGCCGCUGUAGCUUUUGCCGGCAAAGGUAGACCAUGUUUAGGCAUACGUCGAGAAACCAUUAAUGCGUGGGAACGAAGAGCACCAAUUGCACCGAAACAUGUGCAGAAAUUAACUCAGCAAGGUAUAAAGGUGCUUAUUCAACCAUCAAAUCGACGAGCAUAUACAGCAACAGACUAUAUUGCAGCUGGUGCAGAAGUUCGAGAAGAUCUUUCAGAGGCUCAACUUAUUAUUUCUGUUAAACAGGUUCCUCUUGAUCUUUUAAUCCCGGACAAAACUUAUGCAUUUUUUUCACACACAAUUAAAGCUCAACCAGAUAAUAUGGAAAUGUUGGAUACAAUUUUACAUCGGAGAAUUCGUCUUAUUGAUUAUGAAAAAAUUGUUGGUGAUAAAGGUCAAAGAUUGGUAAUGUUUGGUAAAUGGGCUGGAUAUGCAGGUACUAUUGACAUUUUACACGGUCUUGGUUUACGAUUAUUAGCCCUUGGACAUCAUACACCCUUUUUGCACAUUGGUUUAGCACAUAAUUAUCGCGAUAGUCAUAUGGCAAUAAAUGCGUUACGUGAUGUUGGAUAUGAAAUCGCACUCGGAAAUUUACCACCAUCAUUAGGACCAUUGAUAUUUGUGUUCACCGGAAAUGGCAAUGUAUCACAGGGUGCUCAAGAAUUAUUCCGUAAUUUUCCGCAUGAAUUUGUUCAUCAGUCAACCUUACCUCAGAUUGCUGAAAAAGGAAGCAUGAACAAACUUUAUGGUUGUGUGGUUGAUAUGCAGGACCAUCUGGUAGCGCCGUAUGCAUCGGUAAUCAUUAACUGUAUUUAUUGGGACGUAAACAGUCCAAGACUAAUAACGAUUCCUGAUGCUAUUAACCUUUUGACACCAAAGUAUAAUCGCCACGACAUACCGGGUUGUCCAUCAUUACCACACAGGCUUAUAGCCAUUUCGGAUAUUUCAGCUGAUCCAUGCGGUUCCAUUGAGUUCAUGAGGGAAUGUACAACAAUCGACAAACCGUUUACCAUCUAUGAUGCUGAUAUGAACCAGUGUUCAGAUAGCUUUAAUACAUCAUCUGGAUGUCUGGUAUGCAGUGUCGACAAUAUGCCAGCUCAGAUGCCGUUAGAAGCAACAGAACAAUUCGGAAAUCUUCUGUGCCCAUAUAUUCCCGACAUGCUAAACUGUGCUACCGAGAUACCGCUGGAUAGAAUUCAAUGUCGAGACGAGAUUAAACGUGCGAUCAUCACCGAUCGGGGGAGUUUGACACCCGAUUAUCAAUAUAUUGAUGAAUUACGUAAAGAAAAAAACAAGCCAAAAACAAGUGGAAUAACAGGAGAACAUAAAAAACGGGUACUACUUCUGGGAGCCGGGAUGGUUUCCGAUCCGGUGGCAAAAUAUUUUGCAUCAAAGGAAGACGUGUUACUUACUGUUUCGACUGAAUUCAAAAAAGACGGUGACAGGUUGUGUUCCUACGGUAAUAAUAUAUCUGCAACGAUACUGGAUGUUAUGCGUGAACCUGAACAACUGGAAAAAUGCAUACGAGAAAAUGAUAUUACGAUUUCUUUAUUACCUUACGUACUUCAUCCAAUGAUUGCCAAAAUGUGCAUCAAAAAUCGAAGAAAUAUGGCCACGAGUAGUUACAUCAGUCCGGAACUGCAAGCUUUGGACGAAGAGGCUAAGGAAGCUGAAGUUACAAUUAUGAACGAAUCCGGUCUAGAUCCGGGUAUAGAUCAUAUGCUUGCUAUGGAGUGCUUUGAUCAAGUUCGUGAACAUGGCGGAAAGAUCACGUCGUUCACAAGCUUCUGUGGUGGUAUGCCGGCUCCAGAAUGCUCAGAUAAUCCUUUGAGAUAUAAAUUUAGUUGGAGUCCUAAAGGUGUUCUGCUGGCAACUAAAAAUCCGGCUCGGUAUUUGAUGGAUGGAAAAGUUGUCGAAAUUGAAGGUGACGGAGGAGUGCUAAAUAACUUAUAUCCUAUAGACUAUAUGCCUGGUUUUAGCUUGAUUGGCUAUCCAAAUCGUGACUCAACUAAAUAUUCGGAAAUCUAUGGUCUUGGUCCUGAAUGUAAAACCUUGUUGCGCGCUUUCAACGCAUUACGAAAAUGUAAUCUAAUAAGUGAUCAACGUCUUGAGGUGUUCAAUCCCGCCAGAGGUCCCGAUGUUUCUUGGAAGGAAGCCAUAGCAACUUUGGUCAACCAACCAAAGGACAUCUUUGUUGAUCAGCUGAAAAAGGUUUUGCGUGACAAAUAUGAAAAUGAAAUCCCAAAUUUUGUCGAAACACUGGAAGACCUAAAACUUCUAUCAGAAACUGUAAUGGUUGAAAAACAUGGAACACCAAUUGAUACGCUAGCAGCACAUCUGACCAAAGAACUUGCGUACAAGUCUGGUGAAAAAGACUUGGUCAUCCUGAACCAUGACAUUGGUGUCCAAACGCAGGGAGGAUCUCGAGAAUGCCAUCGAAUCAGUUUGGUAGCAUACGGUGAUCCUGAUGGAUUCUCAGCAAUGGCCAAAACUGUUGGAUACACAGUUGCCAUUGUAUCCAAUAUGAUAAUCAGCGGUGAAGUACAAAGAAAAGGUAUGUUAAGACCAAUCACCAGAGAAGUGUAUAGACCAACGCUUCGUCGACUUAAAGAACUUGGCAUUCAUACGAGCUAUACAAUAUCGCCAAAAACAAAAUAA